AUGGAACAGCCCGCGACCGAACCCGCGACUGAGCCCGUGGCUCAGGCGGUGGAGGUUGUUAACCCCGCCCCCGCCACAGCGCUCGGAGGCUCAACCCACUCGACGACAUCGCCUAUUCCGGCGCCGGCAACGCCAGCCAAGGCCGUGCACUGCCUGGUCUUGGACGCCAAUGCCAUAAUAAAGAACGAUCCUACGGUGUCUACUCUGAUUGCUCAAGCAGACGAGCUCUACACGAUCCCGGCCGUGGUGGCAGAAAUCCGUGACGAGGCGACGAGAUCUCGGUUCGAGAUAACCUUGCGACCAUUUCUCAAAAUCAGAACCCCAAGACCAGAGUCGGUCCAAUUCGUCACUAGCUUCGCGCGGCGGACAGGCGACCUGCAAGUCCUCUCGGCGCCAGAUCUGCAUCUUCUCGCCCUGACGUACGAUUUGGAAUUAGAGAAAAAUGGCGGUGACUGGCGUCUUAGGCGUGAGCCGAACCAGAAAACCAUCAAUGGAAAGCCGCCUGGAGCCGUGGAAGCUGCGCAAGAAGGGCAAAGUACUACAGCCGAGGAAGUCGGCACCGCAACCGAGCAACUAGAAACUGGCGCAGAGAUAGCGAAGGAAGUAGAUAGCAGUGUUGCAGUGGAGGAUAAACUUGAGGCGGCUGCAGAAGUGAACGACGCCUUGGCUGAGCCAAAAGAGGAGGCCAGCGAAGCCUCAGUGCAGGCUACAACAAACGAGCUGGAAGAAAAGCUGGAAGACCUUGACCUGAGCGGCCAAGUAAGCGAGGACGCAGCUGUCGAUGCACCGGAGGAGGUAGAAGGGUCCGGAUCAGAGUCUGAAGAGAACGAUGGUGCAGGAGAGUGGAUAACCCCAAGCAAUAUAAAGAAGCACCAAGCCCGCGAAAACACCCAUAAGGCGCCGCAGCCGAUUCAGCGAACCCUGAAGGCUGCCCUGAUCACCGCUGAUAUGGCCAUGAGACACGUGGCAUUGAGGAUAAACCUGAAUCUCUUGGAUACUGGCUUCUCUCGCAUCACCUAUUUGAAGACAUGGGUUCUGAGGUGCCAUGGCUGCUGGAAGGUUUGCAAGGACAUGUCAAAGCAGUUCUGUCCUUCUUGCGGGCAGCCGACUCUGACGCGGGUAUCCUGCUCCACAGAUGCCUCAGGAAACUUCAAACUGCACCUCAAGCAGAACUUCCAGUACAACAACAGGGGAAAUGUGUAUAGCAUUCCCAAGCCCACACACGGCUCGGCGAGCGGCAAGCUCGCAAACGUCAAGGGAGGUGGCAAGCAGGGGUGGGGAAGCCAGCUUAUCUUAGCCGAGGACCAAAAGGAGUACAGCAAGAUACUCGAAGAAGAUCGCCGGACGAGAUACCGAGAUCUUAUGGACGAGGAUUAUCUGCCGAGCAUCCUGACCGGUUCUAGGAAUUCGGGCCAUGGGAGGCCCAAGGUGGGAGCGCCUCGCAAUGUCAACGCGAAUAAGAGGGGCUGA